UAACCCCACGUUCUCCGUCUGUGUCUCUGUCUCUUCACAUAAAACAAGGCAGAGACAGGGAGGAUUGAGUGCUAAGCAACAGAGCGAGGGAGAGAUGGCUGUGGAAAGCAGAGCUCAGGGGAGGAUUCAGUCUCUGUAUCGUCAUCUCUCAACACAUGCUUCUGAUGCGAGCUCCCUUCUUCACCCGACUGUACUGAGAACCGAGCAAUUAAGCCGUAGAGAUGGUAGAGAAGCUGUGAUAAUCGGUGGUAUGGUGUUGGAUAUUCAUGCCCUACCUCUCUCUCCUCCUGCUCCUGGAACCACAAUCCCUGGCAAAGUUCACUACGUUUUGGGAGGUGUAGCGAGAAAUAUUGCUGAUUGCAUGUCAAAGCUGGGAGGAAAGCCCUUCUUUAUCAGUGCUGUGGGCCUUGACAUGGCAGGGAAUCACUUGUUGGAGCAUUGGAGAUCUAUUGGGCGUCCUAUUGAAGGUAUUCUUCAAACCCAAGAUAUUACGACUGCUGUGGUCUGUUGUGUACUUGAUCCAAAUGGUGAGGUAGCUGCUGGUGUUGCAAGCUUUGAAUCAAUUGAGAAGUUUCUCACUGCUGAGUGGAUUCAUCAAUUUAGAUAUGAGAUAUCCUCUGCUCCAGUAGUGAUGGUUGAUGCUAACCUGAACAAUCGUGCUCUUGAAGCUUCUUGUCAAUUGGCUGCACGAGAUAACAUUCCUCUGUGGUUUGAACCUGUAUCAGUUGCCAAAUCCAAAAGAAUUGUUCCUCUUGUGAAGUAUGUAACUUAUGUAUCUCCAAAUGAAGAUGAGCUCUUUGCAAUGGCAGAUGCUCUAUCUCCAGGGAAACUAUAUGGUUUGAGUGAAAGGUAUAACAGUGAAAAGAAUUGUCCUCCAGAAUCUCUCAUCAAGAUGCUAAAACCUGCAGUAAUUCUUUUGCUUGAGAAGGGCAUAAAAAUUGUAGUCGUCACCAUAGGCGCACGAGGAGCCUUUCUAUGUUCUAAAGAGGGGUCUAUCUUGACGAGAGCUGUUGUGGAGAAACCCCAAACACUUGGCAUAAGCUCAGAACUCCACAGACUGAUCUCAUCUAAUUGCCCUUCACAUAAGUUUCAUGAUGCUAGACAUAUUGAGGGAACCUCUCGUCUCUUUGCUUUGCAUCUUCCUGGCCUUCCCGCAUCCGUUAAGAAGCUUACUGGUGCUGGCGAUUGCUUGGUGGGUGCUACACUUGCAUCAAUCUGUGAAGGUUUGAACAUUAUACAAGCCAUCUCAGUCGGUAUUGCUGCAGCGAAAGCCACUGUCGAGGCAGAUUCGAACGUACCUUUGACAUUUGAUUUAAUUGGAGUUGCAGAUGAUGCCAGGUCGGUUUACUCGGCUGCGAAGGUGGUUUAUGAUGGACCAGUGUAAACUGCUGCCAGCUUCGAGAUAAUGACGCUCGUCGAGUAACUGGUGCAGAAUUGGAAUCAAGACCGCUCUUUGUUGUUUAACUUCUUUGGUUUUUGGACUUUCAUUUGGUACAUUGGUGGUGUAAGAUGUUUACAAGUAGAGUUGAGAUGCACAGUACUCAGUUUCUAUUACCGAUGAAGAUGUGUCUAUAGGACAUUUUACAGUUUCAAUAGAUAUCCCCGGUCUUUUCUCUA